UGGCUGUAGCCCAAACAUAUUUACCCCCAAAAACAACAUUUGUAUCAACAUAUGACCAAUAAAUUUCAUUUCCUUUUUAAAAAUCUUUAAUUGUUGAAGAUUCCAAUAUAAAAGAUUACUUUAUAUCAUCAGGAACUGUAAAAUCAUAGAAUUGUUAUAAAAAGUAUUAUGAGUCUAAAAUUAAAUAUUAAUUUACAUUUAGUUACAUGAUUAUAAUAGACACAAAUAUUAUUUAAUAGAAUAGAAGUCUUUGGACAUAUUCUAGUACACCUUCCAUCUGAUAAUUGUAUAUAUCCUGAAAUACAAUUUGAACAAAAAUAAUCCUUUUCACAUUUUAAACAAUAAAGGGGGCAAUGCGCACUGCUCAUAAGUGUAUAUAUCAAAUACCACCCAGAAUCACCAGAUCUAUAUUUAAAUAAUUAUUUCUACGUAAAAUUGCCUUUUAUUGAAAAAGUAAAACUGCCUUAAUCUACGUAUAGAUUUGCAUACAAUAACAAAGCCUUAGCAGAUUAACAACCAUUUAAUAGUAUAUUUGGUUCAUUGUAUAGAUAUAAGUUAUCAGUAAUAUAUUAUGUUCCAUUAUGAUAAAUUGACGAAAAAUAAGUAUUAUUUAAAUAUAAGGAUAUACCUGAAUCUUUUGGGGUUUGGUUGCACAUAUAAAUAUAUAUUUAUACUCCUAAUGGAUAUACAAAAUAUGUAGUAUUAACAAUUGUACUUGUUCCUUCAUUAUAUCGAAAAAUUCCAAAAUAGGGAAGUGUUUUUUUAUUUUAAUUAAUCAAAUAUUUUGGAUCAUAAAUGAUAUCCCACUUAAAUAGUUAAGAAUAACUUUUUUCAUAUUGAUACAAAUACAAAAAGUAUUAUGGCUAAUAGUAUUAGCAAUACCUUUAUCUCCUAUCAGUAUAACCUAAAAGGCAGUAAUCUAAACAUCUUGAACCAUACUUUGUUUUUCCUUAAGGACAUCUACAAAUUCCAUCUUAGAGAUUUAUAAUCCCAAAACAUGAUGUGCA